GCCUUUCAUAAUCAACAUGCAGACUCUGCAACACAAGGCCUCUGAAUGGAGCGGUGUUCGAACAUCCGAUGCUUUUGCCAUUGAUGGUUCCAAUCUCUUUGACAAGCUCGGCCUUCAACCUUUUGUUAACCUCUCUACUAAUUUCUACAACAGGGUAUAUGAUGACGAGGAAGAAUGGUUUCGUUCAAUAUUUGCCAAUUCCAAGAAAGAAGACGCCAUUCAAAACCAGUACGAGUUUCUUGCCCAGAGAAUGGGAGGUCCUCCUCUUUACUCGCAGAGAAGAGGGCAUCCUGCUCUGAUUGCUCGACAUCGACCAUUUCCUGUGACGCAUGAAGCUGCAGAGAGGUGGUUACAUCACAUGCAGCAAGCAAUGGCCAGUACUAUAGAGAUCGAUGAAGAAUCCAAGAUCAAGAUGAUGAACUUUCUCAGGCACACUGCAUAUUUCCUGGUGGCUGGAGAUGAGCUGAAGAAUCAAAACCAAGAGAGGCCUUGUAGCCAUGGAGCUACAGUGCAGCACCCGUGUAAAAAUUUUUAGCAUGCUCCAUACUAGCAUAUGCAUAUAUAUAGUUUGCUGAAUGUUUUGUCUUGUCAAGAACUCAUCACGGAUAUCAUCUUUUGUUGUUUAUAUAUUGAUCAUCUGAUAUUAU